CGACUGCCAAGUGUCUGAUCAGCGGAAACGAUACCAGUCGGAAAACCACAUAUUCAUGUAAACACUGAUCAAAAUCCUGAGUUGCGAGUUCAAUGUUUGGGAACAAUUUAACAAUAGUUUUCAGGAUGCAGGGGUCAAUUCUUAGAACUCUGGUUUUUGUUGGCUACUCCUCAGUGUCAGUUCCCAUAAAAUUGAUCGUCAGAUGGACACCUCCGACUUCCACCAAAACGACCGUCUAACUUUCACUUUAAGUUCCCCAAACGGAAUCAUUAGCCUGAUUGUGCGUACCGUGCAGUUUAUCUUGUCCUCAUUCAGGCGUUUUGGAGUCCACGUUGCAUUCUACGACAUGGACACAUUUAUAGUUAUUUAGAUUCAUUAUUGAAAUUUUGUAUUUCAUAUAAAAACGGGUCAAAAUGUCUACGAAAAUGUAAUAAUAAUCAUAUAUUUCUAUAUUAAUGUAACAAGUAUAUUAAAGUUUGAAACCUCAGUAUUUUCUUAUUCACAGGAAUUGCAUUUAAAAGCUGAAAAAUGAUUGGAGUUCUAGGGUAUUAAUUUGGUAAACAUUACUUUUAGUACUGCAUUCCAUUGGAUUUUUUCCCCACGCAGUUUAUUGGGAUCUGAGCCUUCACAAAAGUUUGAGCACAGUUGUACGGGCCGUACACUUCUGAUUCAUUUGAGUUACUGGUAAAAACAUAAUUCUGGAGCAGUUCAUUUACAAUCUAGUUAAUGUUGUUACCCUUUCCCAACUUUGUAUUAAAGUGCGUCUGGAGUACGUGAUUGAGAUGUGCAGAAUACUUUUUGAAAGCCUAAUUUAUAAAAUGAUCUUUAAAUAUCUAAAACACAAAACAAGGCUUAAUCAUCUCUAUAAAAAGCUUCCACUAUUUCUUGGGACAUCGCCAUGGCGUCAAAGUGGACUUUACGAGUUUUGUAGACAAGGAAGUAAGCCAGAAAUGGGGGGGGGGGGCUUGGUGGCUACUCCGUCAGCCAUCCGGCCCAGACCGUCCCGUUUUCGCACGGGGUCUCUGAUGGGUACUGGUACUAUAUUACACAGGAAUAUUUCUCGCUUAUCGGGUGGAAGAUUUUUGGAAUGAUGGCUAUUUACAGGUGUUUUCAAUGCCUUAGCUUAAGUUUUCUUUAGAUGAACAUGAAUGAACUAAACCAAAUUCUGUGUAAUGUGGGGAAACUCGUGUUCUUGGUUCGCUGUGUCGUGUGUAUAGGGUUUAUAGCUUGGGGAGAGCAUCAGUAACAUUAUGCAUUCCUAAAUCAUUUUUAGGAAAUUAAACCACAGGCAACUACCGGUAUCCCUUCUGAGUGGCGUAAGUUACCCCCCCCCACGAGCAGCCGAAGACUUCCCGAAGUCUGUGCCCUAUGUGCGGUGCCCUUUGGAAUUUCGAAAUCGCGUCGGUUAAUACGUGUAGUUUGCAUUCAGUUCUGUGUGGUGUGCACCGGCUGUGCACACCAUUCCAUGUGCUCCCUUCCCGGGACCUCGACACCUAGAAACGAAGCCGCUAAAACGUUUACCCAUGGUUGUGUGCUGGUUAUAAGGGAGCCCCCGCAGCAUGCAGAUAACUGCCGCCCUCUAGCUCUACUUAUAGGCCUACGGGCUUUUAAUAUUUCAAUUUGAAUGACAAUACUUUCAUCUUUCUGUCGGUAGCAUACAGUUAGAAGCUGCUGUUAAAAUAGGUUUUUAAAUAGAGCUAAAAACUUUGAAGUCGGAAAGGGAGAAUGGAUUGGGUCAUCAGUGGAGAUGGCACCGCAGGCAAACAAAAAUUAAUUGGUUUUAACAGGGAUGGGUUCUCCAUGGUUUUAGCAUUUAAUGCGUGCAGUACCGUGUUGAACGCAUGUUAGUCUGGCUCUGCUUGGCCGGCUGCUCGAUUCGUACAUUAGCAAUGUGAACAUACAAGGCAUCAGACUUGGAGCGCCAUUCUACGAAAAUUUCACACGAAAAAAUGGCGAGCAGCGAACCUGCGCCCAAAAAGAGGAAGAAGAAAGUGGACCCGUGUCCGAAUCCAUUGUUUGUUAAAUGGCUUUCUGAGUGGAGAGACGAAGCAGCAAGUCAAGGAAAGAAGACUCAAUAUGCCUUCGGCAAGGCACUCCAAGCACUCAAGAAGUACCCCAUGGAGCUGAAGACGGGAAAGGAAGCCAAGAUACUGGAUCACUUUGGAGACAAGAUCUGCAACAUGCUGGAUCAUAAGCUGGCCAAACAUGUUGAGGAAAAUGGAGAGCUGUCAUCAUCUUCCUCUGACAUUCCUUGCAAUGGUGCAAGAAAUUCAGUGUCAUCUCCUCCUCCUCCUGCAUCGUGGAGAAGUGAUGACCUGCUUGUAGUUCCCCCACUCCCAGACGACAGUGCCCAAGGGGACAAAACGAGAAAGAGGCGUCUGUCAAAUCGAGGCCCAAGGGAGUACGUGCCGAUCUACAGAUCGGGUCCAUAUGCUCUGAUCCUUACACUGUACCGGGAGUAUAAGAAGCCUACAAGUAGAGGCUUCAUGCUGAAGAAUGAACUGCAGAGAGAAGCCCAGCCAUUAAGCGAGAAAUCCUUCACAUUACCGGAUCCUGGGUCUCACUACACUGCAUGGUCAUCCAUGAGCACCAUGAUAACCAAAGGCUACGUCUCCAAGGAAGGCAGCCCAGCCAGGUACAGCAUCACUGAUGGCGGAUGCCAACUGGCUCGCAAGCUGGAAUUGGUGGAGGCACAAUUUAGACAGCACACAAGUGGUAGAAGUUCUACAGUCCAGCCCACUGCUUCAGCCGGUCAAUCAAAGAAGAGAAAAGAGGCACCAAGAUCUAACACCAAUCUCCCCACCACUGCACCACCACCUAAUGCCACCUCCCUUGCCACAUACCAUGACGCACCCCUACCCACACAGGGUGAUAAGUUGGAGUACUGGUACGUCGAUGACCACGGCAACCAGGUGGUUGCUAAGGAUGACGCUGCCGUUUCCGUUGAUGACGAAAUAUCCAUCGGGUUUCUCAUCAAAGCCAACGAGGCUGCGCUGAAGAGGUCAGGAGUGCGAUACAAGCGCGACUACACAAUGCAAGUAGAGGGAGGCAUGAUCUUUGCCUAUCUGCACAAUGAUGACGCCGCUGAAUAUUGUUCCGUUCCAGCUUCAUCUACCAGCUGGGCCGUAUCAAGUUUAAGGCAUGAUGACCCCCUUCCAAGCCUUCCGUCCUCCUUGUCGAAUCCCACUGGCCCACCAAAAAAGAAGACACAACGGCCAGCCCGCAAGGACAAACAAGCAGAUUCUCUGCUCAGCACUGCCUCCUCUGUCUCGAUGUCAAGUAGCUACCCCACAACAAAAUCCGAUAGCCAGUGUUACCGAGCGUCACCUGACCUGAUCCCAACGUCGUCAUCUGACAAACUGAAUCUCGCCACGGACAUUGUGAACAGUGCGCUUAGAAACUCUGAGUCCAGUGAACUCAACUCACAAACCAGCUGUACCUCUACCUUGUCGUCCAUAUCAAGUUUAUUGGACAGAGCAGGAUCUUUGCAAGGCUCAAACAGUCAAGACAGUGACGGCAGGAACUUGGCAAGCUCGAAGGAACCCCCUGUACCUCUGUAUGUGCUGCAGCCGGGUACCUUUGACAUUGUGCUGUGCGUUGACAACUGCGAAACUGCAGGAGGCUCGGCAAAAAGCAGAAAGCAGCUGCUCCUGCCCGAACUGCAGAAGAACGGCGUGACUCUGGAUGUGAGGAAGCUCCAGGUGGGCGACUUCCUCUGGAUAGCCAGGGAGAAGCGGGUGCCCGUCCCCGGCAUGCUGCAGAUGCCCGCUGCCAGGGAGGUGGCGCUAGACUACGUGGUGGAGAGAAAGAGGAUGGACGACCUGUGCUGCAGCAUAACAGACGGCCGAUUCAAGGAGCAGAAGUUUCGCCUCAAGCAGUCUGGUCUGCGCCAACCCAUCUAUCUAAUUGAGGACUUUGGCUCAAUUGAUCAUCUGAGCAUUCCGGCCUCAACACUCAGACAAGCAACCAUCAACACACAGGUGGUCGAUGGUUUCUUUGUAAAACACACUCGUGACAUCAAAGAAUCAGCCGCCUAUCUCACCAUCAUGACUAGAUACCUUCAAGGGCAUUACUCGAACAAGACCCUGGAGGCCUAUUGCCGUGACGACCUGGAGAAACUCCCCAGCAACCCAAGCGUGACGGACCGAGUACAGAAACUGAUGACUUUCUCAGAAGUGUAUGAGUCAUCUGUAAAGAAUAAAAACACAACAGUGACAGAGACCUUUGCAAAGCAGCUGUUGCAAUUCAGUGGGCUGACUGCUGAAAAAGCUUUGGCUAUCACUCGACGCUACCCAACACCUUCUGAUUUGGUUGGAGCAUACGAAUCCUGUGCUAUGGAGAAAGACCGUGAGAAACUGCUGUCUCAUAUCAAAUAUGGAAAGCUUCAAAGGAAUGUUGGCCCCGUACUCAGCAAGCUGAUUCAUAUGUUCUACUGCACCAACGGACCACUGUCAUGAUCAGAGCAAACUGACAGACCUUUGAUGUACUGGCGGGCUGUCAUCGAUCGAUCAAUUGGAAAUUGUGACAUCAUCAAUACAUGGGAUUCUAAAUAGACAUAGCAAUCCUUGUGUAGCAGGGUCGGAAAUUGUGUUGCUUCCAGGAAAUAGCUUUGCACAACCAACCUUGUAAAAGCUUCAAACACAUGUACUUGGUCUAUCCCUCCCCCCCAACCACGCCCCUUUCCAAGAGAAUACCAUUUACCAAACCGCUGUACUUCUGUUAUUGUGGAGUCCAUAGGCAUAAUACAUGCAUUCAGUUGCGUGCUAAGUGAGUAUAUUUUCCAAGGUGAUUGGGCUAGAUUCUCAUGUCUGCACAGUAAAGCUCUUACUGAAAAAUUGCAGUGAAAAGUUUUUAUUGAAAAAUAUUGCUUUAAACAUGAAAUGGUUAAGACGAUUUGGUGAAAUGUGAGUAUAUUAUCCCCCACAAACGGUUCUACAAAUAAAAGUAGUCUUGAUUAUGGUUCUCCUGCAUCUGGUUGUCAUUGUCAUGGAAAUUGUACGUCUGUUGCUCAUGGUAAUGUACUAUGGACACUUUUGAAAUAUUUAUUUAAUACCAGUAGAUAAAGAGAAACUUGCAAGUGAAAAAUUCAAAGCUGAA